AUGAAGGUAAAUUUGACCCUAGAUGAUAUCAACAUACUAAUUUAUCGAUAUUUACUAGAAAAUGGUUACACUCAUAGUGCCUUUACCUUCUCUAAUGAGGCUAGUAUUUGUAAAAAUCCCUACUACUCUACGCAUAGCGAAAAAAUGCCAACAAACGCUUUGAUUUCAUUUAUACAGAAGGCUAUGAUAUAUGUUUAUCUAGAGUAUCACACUGAUGAAAAUACAGGGAACAAAGUUCCCUGCGAUGAAACAUUUAGUCUAUUUAGAAAGCACAAUUGUUAUAGAAAGGUAGGCAAUAAUAGCGGGUUUCCCAAUGAAAAGGAUGAAAAGGGGGGUGAUAUCGAUCUUGAUAAUAAAACUGAUCCAUAUUCUGUGUCAGAUGACUUUUUUACUUCGCAAAUUUUUGUCGGACCACCACACCGCAGAUUUCAAGAUAAAUGGCUCCUCAGCGGAUUUUACAACCUUUAUAGCCUAGAAAACACACUAGCUGCACUAACCAAUUGGAAUCCGUCUAUAGAAUCUCAGCUACUAACAAUUUCAAUCGGUGGACCCUCAUUUGUUUCCUAUGAGAUACCUAAUAAGGGAUAUGACUACAAACUACUUUCACUGCCAUCCAAUGGCAGUAAAGUCAAUAUUAAUAGCACAAUAGGAUGCUUUAGGCAUGAUGGAAAUGUACUAGCAACAGGGUAUGAGGAUGGAAGGUGCUGUAUUUGGUCUAAUGAUGCAGCACUGCUUGACACGCUUAAGCCCUUCGACUGUGCUGUGACUGCUAUGGCCUUUUCAGGCAACCCUCUCAACCCAGAAAUGAAUGAUGAUCAGACUGAACGCCUUUCUAUUGCAGGAGUUGACGGGUCGUUGUCAAUUUACGAACUUGAAACCGAUGGAUCUUUCAGAAUCAGGGACACUUCCAAAUUCCCUAACUGUAUAGUUCACAUUGCAUGGAGGGACCACGCCACUUUAUCAUUAGUGGCCAAUGGUUUAGACAGCCAUAAUACUUACAUUAGCCUUUACGAUACUACAACGUUUACUACGACAAACAUAACCCCUGUUUCACAAUACACAAAUGAUGUAACUGAGGGAAAUACAUCUUCUAAUGUAUUUGUUAAGACCAUAUGGGACAAAGAAGGCACAAGUGUCGCACUUGUUGGUGAUGUUUUGUACAUUUACCAACACAGUGCUAAUUCUUUCUACAGGUUGGAUCAUAGGGAUAAGGUUAUUGACGCAGACUGGGUAUAUGGAUUUACUGAGAAGGCUUCAAAACGCAUAGUAACGUGUUCCGCUGAUAAGCUAGUAACUCUUUGGGAUGUUAUAAAUAAGUGCAUUAUCAAUACAGCUUUGUUGGAUCACAUUCCUACCUGUAUGUCACUGUGUAAAAAUAACGCGGUACUUGCAGUCGCUACUUUCGGUGCUAUUCUCAAGAUUUAUGCACUACCAGGAUUGAUAUUGAAGUUUAGCAUACAAGAAUCAAAGCCAAUCACGCACAUUUCAUGGUCUUCUGAUAACACUAGUGUCAGUUACAAUCUGUACAAGACAGGUGGGACUGUUGUUCUGCCCCUGAGAAUAUUUACCCAGUAUGAAUGA